AGAUAACACUGUCUCUGUUCACAGACUGUGGUACCGAUAAAGUUUUGGAAAUAACUCGGCGCAGCAGCAAUGGCAGCUCCCAUGACUUGGAGGAGGCUGGUGCACUCGGUAUACUCCCCGGCCAUCGCCGGGGUUUUUAGCCGGAUAUCUGACCGGUUCUUCCGCGCCCAGGACAGAAGGAGAGGGUCAGCCAUGUUGCUGCUGGCUCCACUGCUUGCUCAAGCCGAGCCAGCGCCACGCCACGUUUCCAGGCCCACCGGGUCAGCCGGAGCUCCGGGCUCAGACGGCCUCUGCAGCCACUUCCGUUGGAUGGCGGAACAAGUACCCGCCUUCCGGGUGCCGGGAACCCAUAUCCAGAUCCUGACGUCACCAGACCAAUUUUACCAGGCAAUGAAGGCCCGCAUCAGAAGCGCAAAAAGGCGGGUGGUAAUGGCCUCCUUAUAUCUGGGAACAGGACAACUGGAGCAGGAAAUGGUGGACUGCAUGGAGGAAGCGCUCCAAUAUGCAAAAGAAAACCGUUGCUCUCCUGACCUCAAAGUCUCCGUACUACUGGACUACACUCGCGGCUCAAGAGGUCAGAUUAACUCCAGGACCAUGCUGCUGCCUCUGCUGCAGCGCUUCACCUCUCAGAUGCGAGUAUCUCUAUACCACACUCCAGACCUGAGAGGCCUGCUGCGACUCCUGGUGCCGCAGCGCUUCAACGAGACCAUUGGCGUCCAGCACAUCAAAGUUUACCUGUUUGACGACAGCGUCAUCAUCAGCGGGGCCAACCUGAGCGACUCGUACUUCACCAACAGGCAGGACCGCUACGUGCUCCUGGAGAACUGCAGGGAGGUGGCGGACUUCUUCUCCGACCUGGUGGAGGCCGUGGGGGACGUCUCCCUGCAGCUGCAGCCGGACAACUCGGUCACCGUGCAGGACGGCAUGGUGCACCCCUACAAAGGAAACCGGGAGGACUUCUCGGCAGCGGCGAGGAAGCGCAUCAUGGAGGUCAUGAGCUCGGCCCGCGUGAGACAGCAGCAGCAGCUGCGGCGCCGCUCCAGGGAGGAAGAGGCCAGGAGCGAGGAAGAGGAGGACACCUGGGUGUUCCCCCUGGUCCAGAUGAAACCUCUGGGCAUCCAGACGGACGAGCAGGUCACACAGCGGCUGCUGACAGACGCCGGGCCGGACUCCACUGUGUUUCUAACAUCGGGUUACUUCAACCUGACCCGGGCUUACAUGCGGCUGGUGCUGGAGACCGGAGCCAGCUACCGCAUCCUGACCGCCUCCCCAGAGGUCAACGGGUUCUUCGGGGCCAAAGGCAUCGCCGGAGCGAUUCCUGCAGCCUACAUUCACAUCGCCAGGCAGUUUUACAACCGAGUGUGCCAACUGGGCCAGCAGGAGAGGGUCCAUCUGCACGAGUACCACCGGCCGCAGUGGACGUUCCACGCUAAAGGUCUGUGGUAUUACCUCCGGGGGCAGGACAGGCCUUGCCUCACUCUAAUUGGCUCUCCUAAUUUCGGUUACCGCUCGGUUCACCGCGACCUGGAGGCCCAGAUCGCCAUAUUGACGGAAAACGAAGCCCUUCAGAGCCAGCUGCAGGAGGAGCAGGAGACGCUGUACCGGCGCUCCACGGAGGUUUCCGACUCCACGUUCCAGCAGCCCAAUCGCUACGUCAAGCUGUGGGUCAAGCUGGUGACUCCCCUCAUCAAGAACUUCUUCUGAGAUCCAAAAGGCUGCAGGCGGUUCUUUUAUUUCGGUUUGGACUCGACGGUUCUGAGCCGAGGUCCUGCAGAAGGCGUUCCCCGCUGUCACAGGAAGUGACUCACGCACAGGAGUGGACGUACGAUGAACUUACAGAGGGGGAGCCCUCUUCCAUUUUUAUAUUUACCUCCGCCGUCAUAGAAAUCUGGAUUUCUCCAUUUGUACUGACCUGAAACAUUUCAAACAGAGAAAAGCUACUGAUCGUCUUUGCGGACCUCCAGCAUGUAGCCGCGUUUUGUGCUUUCGGGCCAAACAGAGAUGUGAACGUCUGCGGCGUAAUGAAGGCUGUGACGGUAAGCAGACGGGUGUGGUGAAGCGCUGCAGCCCCUGGGGAGCUUUAAUAACAGCUCUCACGGUUUGUUUACGGCUCUGCCCACAGAUACGUGUACAGUUCUGUGUUACGUUUGCAAAGUAAAGUAUCUGCUCAAUUUUUAAAGUGACUCAAAAUGUUUGUGUGCGUUUGUUGGGAAUGGAGCUGAAGGCUGAAGGUGAAGCUUCAGGUGCAAAGCUUUAACUCCAGAAGUUGUGCUGAAACGCUGCAAAAACAGUUGUGAUCAAAUAUUUUAUUACACUUCAAAUAAAACAAAACUCAC